AUCUAUUCUGUGUAAAUCAAAUAAUAAUAUCAAAAACUGGUUGAAGAGCAUAGAUUUGAAGAGAGAGAGAGAAAAUUAAAUGGCAACAAGCAGCAUGGCAUCUGCUGCAUGCGGAUUUGUGUUGGCACAAAAUGUGACAUCAAACACAAGCACUCUUAAGAGCAACAUGGUUUGCUUCUCUUCCAAGAACAACAGAAGCUCUAGGCUCGUUGUGCGGGCUGCGGAAGAGGCCGCCGACAAGCCAGUUGAAGCAGCGCCUCCCGCCGCCGAAGCACCCGCUGAAGCGCCCCCUAAAGCAGCCAAGCCACCACCAAUUGGCCCCCCAAGAGGCUCUAAGGUAAGAAUUCUUAGGAAAGAAUCUUACUGGUACAAGGGCGUGGGUUCAGUUGUUGCUGUUGACCAGGAUCCCAAGACUCGGUACCCAGUAGUGGUGAGGUUCAACAAAGUGAACUACGCAAAUGUAUCUACAAACAACUAUGCUUUGGAUGAAGUGGAAGCCAUAGCAUGAACCCACUCUCUCUUUAAUUAAUUUACGUUUUCUACUUUCUACCUGUAUCAUACAUUUCGCUAUGUUAACGUGCUUCCUUUUUUGCUAA